UGGGGGGGACACACGGUGUGACACGGGCUUCCGGCGUGGCGCCAUGUCGGGGCGCGCGGCGGAGCCGCCGCCGGAGGCCACGCUCCGCCGCUGGGAACGAGAACAGGCCCAGUUGAAAGCCAGCGUGGUUGAGGAGGACACCGAGGAGUGGCAGAAGGAUUCAAGUUUUACAGGACUGGAGAGAGUGGGAGGUGUGGACUUAUCUUAUAUCAAAGGAGAUGACACCAGCGCCUGCGCUUCCCUGGUCGUUCUCAGCUACCCGGCUCUUGAGGUGCUGUACGAGGACUGCCGGAUGGUGGCUGUGAGCGCCCCAUACGUGGCAGGAUUCUUAGCCUUCCGAGAGGUCCCUUUCCUGGUGGAAGCUGUUCAGAGACUUCAGCAGGAGGAGCCCAAGCUCAAACCUCAGGUACUUCUUGUAGAUGGGAAUGGCCUGCUCCAUCCCAGAGGAUUUGGUGUGGCCUGUCACCUUGGAGUCCUGACAGAUCUACCAUGCAUUGGAGUGGCCAAGAACCUCCUGCAGGUGGAUGGCUUGGUCAGGGAUGAGCUGCACAGAGAGCAGAUUCGUUCCCUGCAGAAGGAAGGAGAUACGUUCCCACUGGCAGGUACUUCAGGGAGAGUCCUGGGCACGGUCCUGCGUAGCUACAACAACAGCUCUAAGCCGCUUUAUAUCUCUGUGGGUCACAGGGUGUGCCUGGAGACAGCCGUGCGUCUAGUCAAGUCCUGCUGCAGGUACCGGAUCCCAGAGCCCAUCCGUCAGAACAAGCUUCCAGACCUGACGGGUGAUGUUCUUAUGGCUUUCCCAGUGUUGUGAAAGACUUCUGGAUCAUUAGCUCUUAACCUGUUCCUGGUUGGCUGCACACCAGCCUCCAGCGCACUUGAUGAUCCUUUUAGCUCCAGCUGGCACCUUGCCCAGCUGGUUCCUGCUGGCUCAGGAUGUGGCUGAUGGGACAGCCUGAUGUUGCUCCAGCCCACCAAGAAGGACAGAAGUAGGCCUGCCCAGAACUGUGAAUUUCUGUAGGUCACUUCAUGUGAAAUAUUGAACGCUUGCCCUUAGGAGAACUGAGAAAUAAGCCAUCAUCCCUCUCCUCUGUGUGCAUGACUCCUGCUGCCCAGCAGGGAAAUCAGUAGCUGAUAUCCUGAAACUCUUAACUCUGUUCAGCUGUGCCCCCCGCUGCAAGCUUGCUGUGUACCCAGGGAUCACCACUGCCCCUCGUAAAACAGGCAAAGCGACAAUUCCAGACCCUAAUGCCAGCACUAGUCCCCUCUGAAAAUAGAAACAAUCUGUGAGGAUUAUUACGGGACAGUUAACCAUCUUAUUGAUUAGCCUCUUGGUUAAUACGCUGAGUUAAGCUGUCUCUCAGCGCUGUGUUAGGAGUGAGGACUGGCCGGUAACUUGCCACCUAAUCAAGCAUUAGCUUAUGUUACCAGCAGAAUGGGGUUGGGGUUUUUCUUCCCUAGAAAAAUAGUUUGUAGAUCUGUCUCUUGCUACCUUGGUCUCCCAGUAGGGACUCUAUUGAACAACCUCCUUCCCUUGUUAUAAAAUACAUCACGUAAUCUCUUAUCCUGAAGAGUGAUCAAAGUUAUUUGUCAGUUCAGUUAUGAAACUGUCCAAUUAUAGAGAGAAGGGAAAAAAAUCUCCCAAACAAACCACCCCUUAUGUAACUAUUUUUCAUUCUCAAGCUUGCAGAAUUGUUAACCAGUUGUGGAGCUGCGUUGCCAGCAGUAAACAGGCAGAGCCUCCACCGAGAGGUCUGGCUAGCGGCAGCAGGGAUGGAGGGGUGGCGGGGAGCUUCUUGAGGUACGGGAGAGGCUCUUCAGAAGUAGAACAGUGAUGAGAGUAGCAAAUGCUUCAAGGACAGCCACUGGGGAUGUGUUAACCCACUUUAUUAGCAUGAUCAUCAUAUGCUGUGAAGCUUUUCCAGCUGAGAAGGUCACAUACUGCUUUUUAAGUUGAGAGAGACACUCUGCCUUUGAGGUGGGGCACAGCAGCUGUUCUAAAAUGUCAUGGCGAAGCAGUGUUUUUGAGAAAGGAAGUUUCUAAAAAAGAAGAAAACUUUGAGGGAAUGUAAAAAUCAACUGUCCGUUCUCAAAGUUUUCCAGGAGCCCAGGAUCUGCAUGCUUGUGAUAGCACCUGAGAGUCUUCUGCACUGGAAAGCUGAACAAUAACACUUUUGGGGAACAAGAACAUCCAAUAAAUGUCCAGCAACAUUUUCUGUAGCUCUUGGGAUUUCCGUUGGUGUUCUCCUUGCCCCACUCUGACACAUGCUACCCUGCAUUGCUGGUAAGACAUGUGAGCUCAGGAGGGCUUAAAUCAGAGGAGAGUGUAUCAGAAGAGGAAGGGAGGAACUGGACAUUUGCAUGAGGAUGCAUUUGAUGAGGUUUGGUGGUGGGUCUAAGCUCAAUUUCAAGCAAGGAGGGCAGUAAACCAUGAAUGUGGUAGAGUCUUAACAUUAUUCCUUUUGAUUUUGGUACUGGAAAGCAGAUCCCAGAGCACAGAUACAGCCUGGCAUCUAAGCUGCUCCUGUUGUCUUCCUUGGCAGCUUUGUCUUUGGACUCAUGAGGGAGGACAGUGUGAAAGGUGUGUCAGUCCCUUGCCUUGCCGCUGCUGCCAAGUGAUAGAGCCAAGGAUGUGCUUGUGUCUUGUCUGUGUUUGCUUUCAGUGGAUGUUUUUACCUGCUGUAGCUGCAUAAUUACCAUUGCACAGCCAGCCCAUCAGGCACAUAGGCAGGAUGAGCCAAGCUCUUGCCUAGGGAAAAGGAUACGCAGCAGAUGAGUGGUGUGCUUCUCCAUCUGUUGCUGCAUCAUACAACUGCUGGAACAGAGGAAGGAAAGGGAUGGAUACAAGAAUGGGCAAUGCCAACCUCUCAUUUCAUCCCCUGUCCUGCUGAGAACUCGCCUGGUAGAUUGCCAUGGUCCCAAAAUCUUCACAGCCCUCUCUAUAGCCUUGUUCCCCUUCUCAAUUUACAGUUUGCUGUGUGUUGUGGUUAAACCUCGUCACUGUGGAGGGCAGAGAGCCAUUUCUCAGCUGAUAAGUGGCCAUAUGCUCCUUUGGGAACAUCCCAGUGUCAAUAGUUACAUGUAAAGACCAUGGAUGAUCUUGGAGUGCUGUGAGCCUGGAGGCUGCGGUGUGUACCUGCUUGCAAUGCCAGUGUGAGUCCCUGUUAGCAUAGUCCUGGGACACAGCUUCUGUUUCACUGGGUGUACAGUGAAGGUUAUUGCAGCAGAGUCCGUGGGACAUUCUGCUGCUCUGGGAAAAGUCAAUACAAUGCGUUAGUAGUUCCCCACCUUUUGAGGAGGGAUCUAUGAGCCACUGUCUAAUGCUAAAUUGUCUUGCAGUGCUGCAGAGAUCUGCCUUCACAUCCAUAUGGGUUUGGCACUCCAGCAACUUUCUGGGGGCCAGGGGACAUACUGCUUUUGUACAUCAGUAUAGGCUGAAGGAUUUUGAUAGCUUUGAGCAAAAGGGGUGAAGAAGAUCCCAAGAAACAGAAGGGUGGGCAGAGUCCUGGGCUGAAGGGGAGCCAUUUUUUUCAGGCAUCUUUAUCUGCGGGCAUUUUGCUGAUGCUCAGGAACUCCUCAGCACUGCAGAGACCUGCAUGUGAUCACAGCGUGUGAUCCUUUUACAGAGUGAGGAUGGUAGAGCAGCUUCUGUUGGCUCAAUGGGAGAGCUGGUUUACUUUUUGGAGUAUCUCCUCUUGAGGGAAGGAAGACUUACCCUGCCCCUAUUGCUGGGGAACCCUGUGAUGGAGCUUAGCUGCUUGGUUACAUCCUCCUGCAUUGCAUUUGGAGGUGCCUACUUGUCGAAGAAGUCAUUUGGGCUGGUUGAAAGGAUGAAAGCACUAGACCACUCGCAGACUCCCAAGUCUCUCCUGGCUCUGCUGCCAGGGUUCAUGAAAGGGAAGUUGCAGUUCUGGUGUAGAGACAGGGCAAAAUGGAAAAGCAGCCCAUCACCUCAGCAACUCUCCCUUUGCCAGCGAACACCUCUUCUUACUAAGCCUCUGGAAAUCCCUGCUGGCCUGUCACAUCCCUGGACGAUGAGGAGUAGCCAUUUAGUGUAGGUGUAAGGCAAGAGAUUCCAGCUGGGUCAGUGCUUGCUGCAGGAAGGCUCACUGCACUGCAGUGUGUGCUGGAAACCUGUGCUAGUUCAUCCUCUGAGUCUCAUAGGGAGCCUUGGUGAAGUCUGGCUGCGCUCAGCUGCAGCUGGGAUUUGCUGAGGAGACCCAGUCUGGGUCCCACUUUGGCUGUUUAUCCUGUCAUGCUUGGGGUGGGUCAGGGCUGAGCUGACCUUGGGCAUUGGCUGGCAAGAACUGUCUGUGCCCGAUGUCUCACCUCCUUACUAUGAGAAGUAAAGGGGCAGACAGGAGAGUUCAGUGAAUGUAAUUUCUGCUUCUGAAAUGGACUGUGCUCCAGUAAGGCCGUUUGAUCCAGGACCCUCUCUUUCUUCAUUUUGAGUCUUCAUUCUCCCAAGCAGCUUGCAGUGAGGCACAGAAACCAAACAAGGAAAGAAACACGCAGGUUCCUCUUUGCAACACAGUCAUACAAGAGCUAUUUGUGAUGCACUGACAUCAGGGUGUGCAGGGGCAUACUGAGAUAACAAAGGGGAGGCACCAAGCAGGCUGAUCAAUCCAUUUUCACUCAUUUUCCUUCUUAAUUCCAGGCUGAUAUUAGAUCGAGGGAGUAUAUUCGGAAGCAGCUGUGUUCACCACUGGAGGUCAUAUCUUCUGAGCCGGAGAG